AACAGCAGCAUCAGUAGCAGCAGCAGCGGCAUCAGCAAAUGGCUUCGGAAGCUCGCGGGCUCGCUUGAUCGUCGUUCACGUCCCACCUCUGCGUAGGUGCAGAGACGGGAGCUCGUGCCGUGUCGCGGACUCCGCUUGUCCAGCAGCACCGAGCGCAUAGGAUUUUAUGUUUUUUUUGUUGUUGUUCCACAAGCAGAGCAAUUCGAUAAUUGGUUCGCAUCGUCGUUAUUAAUUUCUAAAAUAUAUCAUCGUCCGUGGGUCGGCUUCGUCCUCGUAACUUAUGAAAAGAAUCGCGGGACGGCAUCGGCUGGCUCGGUCGGCGCAGGUGUCAAUUGUCACACGAUGUCAAGCAGAGCGACGUCUGAUUUUUUUUCACGCGAAAUGUUGUUAGUUAAUAAAUAAUAAUGUAAGAAUUACAAAAAAUCGCACACCUACCCCACAGCAAAUGUCAAAAUCGCGACGUUAAUUUUUUUUUUAUCGGAUCGAGUAUAAGUAAUCAGAGUUUCGCGUGUAAAUGACGUUCAGUUUUCACAGCAGCUGCUCUGACGAACCGGCAAAGAAGUGCUCUGGGCACAGAAGACAUUCACUUGGGGGGUAAUAGUUGGGUGCAAGGCUUGAGCCGGACGUUUUCUGUGCUCUGCUGUAUUCGCGUGGAGGGUGAACCUUGAGGCGGUGAUCAUUGAGAGUCUGCUGCGACGGCGUCUGCUAUCCCCGCUGUGAGCCCGCCACGCAACCUUUGCUCCAGCGAGGUCACGCCACGAGCUCAUCGUUCCGAGCUGGUGCCGGUCCCGCCGCUACCAGCGGCGGUGGUGAUCGGCGCGCGCCCUCGCGUGCCGCGCUCGCAGUGCCGCCCCCCGCGCCGGUCGCCCCCAUGGCGGCGCGCGGCUGCCACCGCAGCCUCCGCCGGCGUCUCCAGUUCCGCCUGCGCCGGCUCCUCUUCCUGGCGGUCGCUAUCGCGGGCGCCUCCGCGCUCUCGCUAGCGCUCGCCUCCCGCUCGGACGUCGCUGGCGCCCCCCGCCGACCGGCGUCCCCGCCGACCGACGGUCACCCCGGCGGCUCGUCUCCGGAUCCGGAGGGCGAGCGGCGGGACGCGGAGUCUGCGCCGCGCCGGAGGGUCCUGUCCGUGGAGUGGGAGCACGGCUCGCGCGCGAAUUCGUCGUGGGGAGAGGGCGGGCACGGAGGCGGCGUCGGCAAUGGCAGCGACGGCGAACACCAGCAGGGCGAGUACCCGCAAGACAUCUUCUCGCUGGAGGAGCGGCGGCGCGGCGCCGUGGCACUCCACAUGCUCGGCAUGAUGUACAUGUUCAUGGCGCUCGCCAUCGUGUGCGACGAGUUCUUCGUGCCCGCGCUCGGCGUCAUCACCGACAAGCUGGCCAUCUCGGACGACGUCGCCGGCGCCACCUUCAUGGCGGCGGGCGGCUCGGCGCCGGAGCUCUUCACGUCGAUGAUCGGCGUCUUCAUCUCGCACAGCAACGUGGGCAUCGGCACAAUCGUGGGCUCGGCCGUCUUCAACAUCCUCUUCGUCAUCGGCAUGUGCGCCGUGUUCUCGCGCGAGCUGCUCACGCUCACCUGGUGGCCCAUCUUCCGCGACGUCUCCUUCUACGUGCUCGACCUGCUCAUGCUCAUCAUCUUCUUCCUCGACAACACCAUCGCGUGGUGGGAGAGCACGCUGCUGUUGGGCGGGUACGCCUCCUACGUCAUCUUCAUGAAGUACAACGCGCACAUCGAGGCCUGGGUGAAGUCGAGGCUGCCCCGCAGCAAGGCGACGCGGAGCAACGCCAACGGCGACAAGGCGAGCGGGAGCUCGUCGGACCCUCUGGACGUGAUGAAGACGAUGGAGACGCAACUGGAGGUCGCGGGCUCCGACCGGGCCACAAAGGCGGCGCGCGGCGUGGGGGAGCGGGCGCCGCCGACUCGCGCAAGCAAGAUCAUGAGGAACAGCCUCUUCCAGCUCAUGAUCUACUCGCUGGAGCCGCUGGGCGAAGAGAUUCACGGAGUCGGAUCCAACCAGAAGUUCUACGAAACGAUCACAAAAGAAGCGCACCUGCAGGAGCAGCUCUACCAGACGUCCGAGGCGGCGUUCUCCCCCGCGCAGACCUGCGUGGCCACGGCCGACGGCUGCAGCGGAGCCCCGGAGGUGACGGCCAAGGCGCUGAAGGACGGGGAGUUGAACGCCGCCGCCGACGACAAGACCAACGGGGGCACCGUCCUCGCCGCUGACGGGCAGCAGCCGGCGGCUUCGGAGGUGGGCACCCUGAGUCGUCGCAAGGCGGACGGGGCGCUGGGCGCAGAGGAGGAGGAGGAGGAGGACUCCGAGAUUCCCAUGAGCCUCAAGUGGCCGACCACGUGGAGGAAGCGUCUCUCCUAUCUCCUGCUGCUACCCAUCGUGCUGCCCCUCUGGGCCACGCUGCCCGACGUCCGCAAGCCGGAGGCCAAAAAGUUCUUCAUCAUCGCCUUCUUCGGAUCCAUCCUCUGGAUCGCCAUGUUCUCCUACCUGAUGGUGUGGUGGGCCCACCAGGUCGGUGAGACAAUCGGCAUCACGGAGGAGAUCAUGGGACUCACGAUCCUGGCUGCCGGGACGUCCAUCCCUGACCUCAUCACCAGCGUGAUCGUCGCUCGCAAGGGCCUGGGGGACAUGGCAGUGUCCAGCUCGGUCGGCAGCAACAUCUUCGACAUCACUGUCGGCCUUCCAUUGCCGUGGCUCCUCUUUUCGCUGAUCAAUGGGCUGGCGCCCGUCACCGUCAGCAGCAACGGCCUCUUCUGCGCCAUCCUGCUGCUCUUCAUGAUGCUGGUGCUGGUCAUCGGCACCAUCGCCGCGUGCCGCUGGCGCAUGAGCAAGCUGCUCGGCCUCUCCAUGUUCCUGCUCUACUUCGUCUUCCUGGUGCUCAGUGUCCUGCUCGAGUUGCAGGUCCUGUCCUGCCCCAUCACAAUUUGACGACGUCCCCACCUCCAUCCCCCCCCCAACUCACGCCGCCGCCGCCGCUACCUCCGGUGGAAUCGGUCGUGGAUCGGAUUCACCGCCGCGCCCUCGCGGAGACGGUGGUGGCGGCUGCGGACUGACACCCACGCAGGGACCACCACCCCCCCCCCCUCCCUGAUGAUGUCGCGCGUAACCGUGGCGGCGUCGUGGGGAGCGAUGUCAAUCCUUUGGCCGAGAAGGGUUAUCCAUCUAGGUGAUGUGACGAUGUCAGCGCGGGGCGCGCCCCCCCCCCCUUUUCCUCAUCGGGCCCUCGGUUGUUGCGCAAGGUGGCCCCCAUGGCCGGAGCGUCCAUGGGUGGUGGUGUCGUCACUGGUUCUGAGCGUGACAGCGGAGUGGGCCAGGCUGGGUUAAAGGCCGUCGCGGUGGCGAGAUGUUAACUACCUCGCCUGGUAUGCAGAAGGUUCGUAGGUUCGAUCCUGACCCUGACGUCUGCUGUAUAUUUGGAGUUUGAAUGUCCUCCCCGUGGUCGUGCGGAUUUUCCCUCCAAAUUUGUAAUGAACAUCACGCAUUUAGAGUAUUUGGCUGCUAUAAAUUUCCACGUGAUAAGCCACUUCAUUUGUGAAUCAUUUGUGACCAGGUGGCUUCUGAAUAAAGAGCAAUAUAGCUGAGUGGGCCUUACCUGGUAAGAUAAAUAGUUUAGUAAAGAUGCGGUGUCAACUGUAAUGAACGAUAACAAUCUUAGGGGUUAUUUUUGGGGGGGGGGCAGGAGCUGGGGUAUUCCAUUAUUGAAGUAAUCGAUGAGUCUGCCGAUUACCAUUUGGGUUACUCGACUUAAUCACGGAGAUGCACUGCUCUGCGCGAGAUCUGAAUACGCACUCUGUCUCGCUGAUGCCGAUAGCUCGAUCGGGGAUUGAACGGGAUAAAGAAGAUGAAAAUCAUCCCGGGAACCCAAUUCGAAUCGAUCUGACAGAGGCUGCCAGUGACAGCUACACACCUGAUCAUGGGGGUUUCCCCCAUUCCAGUCCUCGCGAAACCGCCGUCACUACAGUCUGGCAUCCGUAUUUACAAACACUUUCCAACCGUUCAAGUACACAAAUGAAGCCACUGCAUGCUGCACGGACCUGGCGAUUGGUGGACAGGUCUCGCACUGUGGAACAGAGCGCUCCUCCAAAUUAAGAUCAGGAUCUCCAUUUAUUUCGGGUCGGCAAAAAUCAUGAAUCUGUUCGGUGCCUGAAGGAGCCUUUUGCUAAACGUGUCCCGCAGAACUGUGGAGAGUGUUGGUUCUAAUUAAGAUAAGGAGAUUUUUUCCGGCUAACAUUCGCUUGGGCAUAAGCAAAAAUACGUCCAGGAGAGUAGCAAGAAUGUUAGUGGCAUGCGGGGAAGAGGCUACGAUAGCAUGAGGGCCUCAUUGUUAACCCUAUGGCCUACGUGGCCACGGCAAAGCCUGGACCGACAUUCAGGCCACUCCAGGACUCGGUGGUGACUUGGUGCAUAGUCGGGGUGUGUGCACGUUGUUGUGUAUGCAGUAUAUAACAGAGACACUGUGGUUAUAGGCUGUAAACGCUAGGCGUGAAAAGAUUAACCCAACGCCGCCAACUCCGCCCAGCGAUCCCCCCUGAAUUAUCACGAAUCAGCGUCGCGAAUUCAUUCGAGAAUUGAUUUCUUGUUUGCCUCAUUUUGGAAAACUCGUGAGGGUUAAUUACCGUUUAUUUUGUCUUUUAUGUGCAGUUCUGUGCGCUCCAUUUUCUAAUUGCGAAUCAUUCUUAUUUGCAAAUAAUUAGAAUCCAACUUUCAAUGAACGGUGAACCCAUUUAAUAGGUUCUUACACACGUAUCGUGGGCGUAAGAAUUAAUUGCGGUCAAUUAAUUAUGGCAUGCAUGCCUGAUGUAGACACAUUGUGCAGAUUUUGUCAAUUUUUUUUUUUAAUUACAAGAGUUUUGUUUUUACCGUGGCAUCUCAGUGUCUCACACAACCGCAAACUCACCGAGACGAUCUUCCACCGUCAUUAUCUCCUGCGAUACCUUUGGAAUUGUUCAACCUCUGAGGUCUCAUUGGCCCCUCGGUGAGACUGACCUCAUCUACUCGAGUCGACUUUGAGAGCAACCCAAAGCCGAACUCGAGUCUUGAGGAGAGCGACUUAUCCACGGCUUUUUGUGCUUUCCGUGAUUUCCCAGGAGGCAUGUAGCUGCUGUCGCGUGAGCCGGGGCCGCUGCUAUCUUCGUGAAGCGAGGCUUCGUCGAACGUGGCGAAUGGUUUUAGUUUAGACUUUUGUUCUUCUCAAGAAAAAAAGGCUCGCGAGAGCCAACGGUCGCGGACGCGUCGCUGAUACAGCAGAAGGCCUCCUGCUCCUCUUAACAACGGUAAUCGGUUCCACGAAACCGCUCGUUAAGUGAUUUGGUCGUUAAGCGAGUAUAGGAAAUACACGUUAAAGGCUUAAAUCGUUCUGACAGCAUCGAAAGUUGCCCUUUUUCAGCCAAAAAAACCUACUUCAUAAUAUUUCAAAAUGGAUAUUAAUACGUUAAGAUACCGACAACAUCAUGAACACAUAACAUUAAGAUAGAUAGAUAGAUCGUUUAUUGUCAUUGUCACCAGUACAACGAAAUUUAAAAGAAACGUGUUUAAUCAAUACAUGAAUUCGAAUUUUCUGUACCUACAGCAGCUCGUCGUUAAAAGCGGGAUGGUCGGUAAGCGAACACAUUGGCCUCUGUGGAGGCCCGUCGGUCAGCGAUUAGUCGUUAACAGGGGUCAUCGUUAAGAGGGGUUCUACUGUAUAAUUAACAUUUCGACGGGAAAUCGACAUAUUUCUGCCACGUACAAGCGAUCGAUCGUCUCGACGUAUUUCUGCAUUUCCACUGGGCCUGAAUUCUGACAUGAAGGAUGCAGACCAACAACCGCUGAAGUGAAAUUCGGUCUGAGGGAUUCGGUCCUUCAGCCAGAUACGGCGACCGACUCGCGUUGUGCAACUCCUGGAGGCGCGGUAUAAGACACCGUCACUUUAAAACCUCAGUACGUCCUGAAGAAGGCCAGUUGCCUGAAACAUUGAGAUACUACUUUCAUCCCAGCGACAGCGAGUAAAACCAUCCCCAUAAUUUGUAUCCGUCACGGUAUGCAUUGCAUAAGUUCACCAAAGCGGCUCCUAUAUAUACACGCACACCUGCACACAUAAUCAGUAUUUAUGUAUAAAACGAGAUUUAGCGCUUUAGCCGAGUGAUAAUUAAUAAAUGAAGCCAGAAAUAAAUAAUGAACCCGUAUUUAUACUGUUAAUGCAGCGCGUGUGCACAUGUGCAGCGUAAAUACAAUAUUUAUACGAUUUCGUUUAGCGUUGAAAAAUGUCAACACUUUUAAUAAAAUAUCACCAUCCACAGAGGCGAGAACCCCAAAACCCUACCCCUCUGCUCUAUUGGACACGGGGCAGCGGCCUGUCCAGUGUUCAUCAGCUGAUUUAUUCGUGCAAAAAUAUACAUUAAUAUAUAUACACAUACAUUAUAUAAAAGUAAUUUAUUGGAUGAAAACGUUGUAAAAAGUAUUUAAUGAUUCAGUAGGGUCAAUAACCAAUGACUUUAAAUUAGUCUUCCAUUUUAAAAGUGUACUUGAUGUGUGUCGUCGACAGAAUAGCUGCUGAGGAAACGUUACGGUACAGCGUCACACAUCCGACCCUCGGCUAAGCGCAGACAUGUGAACAUGUACAGGUGUCUCCGAGUUACGAUGAUCCGACUUACGAUAUUUCGAUCUUACGAUGGCGACAGCGAUACGACGAAAUUGCCAUCAACAACCCUUAACAUCGUUCAAGUAUGCAGACGACGGACAGAAUCUUGGCGAGUACAGUACAAUAUGAUACGUUACGAUACGUUCAGUGCAUGUAUGAUACAUAGCUUUAGUGAUUUAAUUUUAAGGUCGCCACGAUACGAUAUGUUCAAUGCAUGUUAAAAGUUUUUAUAGCAGAUAGGAUUGUUUCCUGAAAAAACUUUGUAUUAAAUUGCAGUUCAUAUAGGCAGGCUAAGAAUUUACCUUGUUUUCUUACAUUGCAUUUUACUGUGCAAUACAGUAUUGUAAUUAAUAAAUGCAUACAGUAUAUAGUUUAUACAGUACGGUACUGUAAAUUGCUCUGUUUUGCUAAAUUAUCACCAUUCUUUAAGACUCCUGGGUAGGCUAGGCCAUCUUCGACUUACGAUAUUUUCGACUUACGAUGGGGUCGUCGUAACGCCUCUCUGUCGUAAGUAGAGGAGUACCUGUACAUACGAUGACAGUUACACCACCGCGCUCACAUCAGUUAGUGGACAAAGAGUAAGUAAGCAUGGCUUGGCGGUGCUUUUAGAAGUGAGCGAAUGUGCGGGAGGUUACGAACGCAUGGCCGCGGAUUUUGUUUGCGCAAGGUGUGAUUUGUGACGGUUAAAAUUGGUCGGGGCGGAUAUGUUGAUGGUCGGAUAUGCGACGUUAUACCGCGUAUACAGCUUAUACAAUUUUGUAAAAAAAAAAAAAAGACUGUAUAUGAAAGCAUAUUUACAUUUGCGUGAAUAUUUUUUGGGGGGGGUUUAUUUUCUAGCAUUCUUCUGAGCCAGUAAACCAUAGGAGGGUUAUAGGCACGAUUGCCAACAUUAGUUAAGGUUGCGUUUGGAGAAUUUUCAAAGUGCGUGCCCCGUUGGCCCGUUUGUUUGGGCCGUCUCGUGGGCUGAUUGGUGCAUGCCCAUUGGCCCGUUUGUUGUGACGUUUAGGUGGCUGAUUGGCUACCAGUGGGGUGCAGUUUGAAUUUAUAACGACAGCUGGCAGUCAAUCAGCUUCCUGUUAUACUCUUAGGUUUUUUUCGGUAAAGUCACGUCGGUAAAAAAAUUAUAAUAGAAUAAAAAUAAAUAACUCAAUUAAAGAAUGUGGAGGUUCUUCACUUAUACCUUCCCUUCUAGCCCCCCCCCACCCUCCCAGUCCCUGACUGCCACAUUUAGAUAAGCUCCUCCCCCCUCCCCUUAACCAGUAUUUAAGAUCUUGUCUCUUGGAUUUCUCUUCCCUUGAUACAUUACAUUAAGCUGUGACAGUCCCACCUGAGGAUGGAGACUUGUGUUGCCUCCGAAACGUCGUGAUUUAAUUGAGUUAUUUUCAUUUAUUUUAUUAUUUUAAUGUUUUUUACCUACGUGACUUUACCGAAAAAUCCUAAGAGUAUGAAUCCUUGCAGUCACGAAAGCUUCAAAUCUAGCUUCCUGUUACUCAACGGAAAUUUCAUAAAUGAGCCAAUGGCAGCAGUCCACAGAUGCAGCCAAAUGAUCUGUACGGAAUAGGAGAGUGAUAUUUGUGUGGGUGUACAUUAUUAUUUGAAUCAAAUCCCAGAAAUAAGACGUAUUACUAUUUGAUUUGUACGAGUGAAGAAGAUGCAAUAUAAUGCACUAAACUGUUUAAUGUUUUACUAAUUACCAGUAUUGCAGAGGCCAGUUUUUAUCAACAUAUGUUUGUGAUUGGUUAUACCGUACCACUGUAUUUGCAUUGCCAUUGUUGUGGGCUGGGUGGGGGAGUAUCUGUUUUUUUUUAAUGCAACUUUUUUGCCAAAUAGUAACACAAGUAAUACGAUGUCUGCCGUGGUGUGACAGCAAUCACACACACUGGGACUCGCAAUUGAAUGGUCGCCGGUUCGAUCUCCUGGCGCGGCGGUUGAAACGAUGUCCCCUCUCCUCCGCACCCCCCCCCCCCCAUCUCCCCCCCCCGCACCUCUCCCUCUAUCCACCCAGUGGUACGGAUCAACUGGGUUCGUCACAAAGUGAAUACCAUCGGCAGGUCGAGCGUGUGGUUUGGGUUGUGGGGGGGGGUUAAGUGUGGCGUGAGCGAGAAUCCACCAGGGCCGCACCUAUUCCCCUCUGAAUAUGACAUGUCAUUUGAAAGAUGGGUUCUGUUGGGAAUUAUUAUUAUUAUGCAAGGCAAGAGUUACUUGGGGGGGGGGGGGUGGGUAUUGUAUUUAUUUCCACCACCACCACGGUUUGUGAGUGCACUACACAACUCUGGGCGAAGGAGUCAGUGACCCUCGCUGUCUCUUUCUCUCUCUCUUUCACUUCGUUGCAAUCGUAACUGUACCGGUCUCUACAUUUUUUUGACCAAAGACUCUUUUUUCUUAAAUAUUUUCUCUCGUCGUUGUGAACGGAGACGUUGCACGUGACAGCGACGGCGGUGCGUCGAUGUCCACGCGUCCCAUUCCUGGAAUGCUCAACCGCGACUCUCACGUGACUCUCUCUUUUGGAAAAUCCAAUUUGCGAGAUGCUCUGUUGUGUCGUGUGUGUGUGGUAGGGGUGGGGUGGGUGGAGAAAAUCCACCAGGAGCAUUGACACUCAAUUACAGGUGGCCCCCCUGUCGCACUAGUAGGUGUUUCAACAUCCGCAUUUUCAUCUGACGGUGACUUGGCAGCAGUAGCGUAACUAGCGUGGGUUGCAGGGGGUACCUUGUCCCCACCCCCGUGGCCAAAGCUAUGAGUUGGUGGAGGCCUCCUUUGACAACCAUCAUGACAUAUGUUUGUCAACAACAGUGUAAAAUAACACAGACCUAUUUAAAUCGCGGUUUCAUUCGUUUUUGUUUUCAUGAAAAUGUGGCCAUUUUUACGUUCCGCGUUUUCGUUUUGAUUUAAUUAGAGCGGCAUCGGGGGCCUCCGCCUGGCCGAUUGCCGCACCCCCUGAGCUGAUAAUGUCGUUGCUACGCCACUGCUUCGCAGCCAAGGCCAAGUUUGUCAAAACUCGCAAAGCUUUUUGAUCCACCAACCAUUGCCUCUCAAGAGUGCUGGAUUACAGGAAUACGAACCACCAAUGCCGAUAGCUAAAACAACAAAACAAAACAAUGCUUGAUUCUAAAUCCUCCUGCAGGACCUUCCCAACAUUCAAAACCCGUUACGGUCAUUCUUCCCACGUCCGCGCACGGCUCCUUUGUCAGUCCACUGCUGGAGGAGGAGGGCCUCGCCAGUGCCGGUAGUGCAGAGGUCGCAAACGUGUACCCGUACCCGGCUGGGUACGGGUAGCCGGGUAUCGGGUAGGGUACGGGUAUCGGGUACCCGAUUGCGACCUCUGCGGCAGUGGGAGUUAUUUGACCAUGCUUCGCCACGCUGGUCAGUGUGGUUUUGGCGAAGGCGUUGCGCAUAGACUUUGGAGCAUAGUACGGUACAACACAUCGUCCUGCAGAGGUCUGCAACAUCUGUUUAAUGCGUGGUGUUUGUACGCAGCUGUACACGGUGGUUGCCCAUCCAAACAUUGUCCAGGCUCCAGCCUGCUUAGCUUCGGAGAUCUGACGAUAUUGGGAGAAUUCUGGGUGAUUUUGUCAUCGGCCAUCAUUCACGUGGCAAGCGUUGCUCGGUGGCAGUUUUGUCCACGGAUAUUCCUCCUAAUAUGACAUAAAUAAUUUUGUGAUACUGCAUGCAUUCGCAACGGUGCACACUUUCGUCAAUUACGCCUCCUACGCAUUUUCCAUAAAUAUGCUAAAUUCCUCUUGAUAUGCAAAUUCUUUUGUCAAGGCGCUCUUCUUCCCCCCUCCAACCCAGCUUAAAUAUACGCUCCAAGCUUGGUGGUGUUUCAUUCUUCACCUGAGGACGGCUGCUUGCGUUGGGGCCGAAACGUCGUGAGAAUAAUUUUAUUAUGUUUUAUUUUUAUUAUUUUAUUAUUUCCCUUCUACGUGACUUUGCCGAAAGAACCAAGAAGAUGACGAAGUGCCGUUGGCCACAUCACCUAUCACAUCCUUUUAUCCCUUUAAAGGCCGUGGUGCUAAAUCGACCGAAUGUUUUUUGUUGUUGUUGUUGCUUACAUGACAACAGGAGAGCGCGCGCACGCGUGCGCAUAUUUUUGGCAACACAUUUUGGCAGGGACAACCAAAUCAUUCGCGAAAAAAGAAACCCGAACAGAGAGAGAGCGAGCGAGCGAGCGCGUGCACCACCGGCAUGCGAAACCAGUGACCUACUUUGUGCGGCGCCCUUCGGGUCUGAACAUUUCAUACGGCUCUAUUGCCCGUUUCAUAAUUACAAAGUCCCUCCGGCACGCAUGCUCUUUUAUCAGCGGGGUUUGGGGACGAGAGGGGGGGGGGUCCGAGCCUACGAGCGUGACGAGAGCCACACAGCGGGGUGGUUAGGGGGGCCCCCGCCUCUCCCCGCGAGUAAAGAGGGAGAGGAGGAAAAGGUCUCCUGUCAAGAGGACAAAAAAAUGUGCGAUUCCGAAACAGUUACGGUUGGUUCUGUGAAGAAGAACAAGAAGUAGUAACUGCACGUGGCGCGCGUCGCCGUGUCAGAGUUGACUGCUGCCCGACUCGUCGUCGUAUAAUGCUGCGCGCAAUUUUGUUUUUGAGUUUUUUGCCGUGUGACGUGUGGCCGUCGGGGAAAGAAAAAAAACCAACAAUCGUAAUCUGCUAUGCCUCGCGUAAAGAAACGGAUAUAAAUAUAUACGAAAAAAAGCGAAUGCUAUUCACGAUGUAUCUUAUCCGGUAGUCGUAGGAUUUGUCAAUAGGUUUGCCUGUUCAUGCUGCAUUCUGGUCAACGCAUUUGGGUUAUUGAGCAUUACAUUGUCUCUGUAUUAGUUCGUGUCGCUGACACUCCGAUGUUGCCCCCGAAGCUUUGCUAGAGAGUCCACGAUAUCCCUGGGCCUCGAUGUGGUUCUUUCGACGUCUGCGGUUCAUCGAGUGACGCGUUGUGUAUGUUCCACAGCAUCAAAACGCAUUCCCCGCUGUAUACAACUUGUCGUCACCACAUCAGCAAACAGCUGUGACCUCCGUUUGAAGGUUUUGAUUUCCGUCUGAUACAGGUUUUGUUUAUUCAAUCGGACGGUCGUGCAUUUAUUUUUUUUCAUUUCAGUUUUUUGUUGUUGUUGUUCACUUUAUUCCGUUGCAUUACAUCUUGCCUCACAAGGUGCACGCGUGGCCCUGGAGUCACGAAACGCUUGAGCAGCACUGCUAGGAUCAUCGGUUUAAAUCCGCCUGCGAUUUAACCGAGUUCUCAAGUGUAUUUGUGUAUGUAUGUUGAACUUCUCUCGCACCGUACGUAGCCAACCGAGGUAUGCGGAGGUGCAAGGGAAGGACAACAAACUAAACACAAAAAGCAGUUCUAAGGAAAUUAGCUUUCAAAUCGAGAUUAUUUAAAAGUGCACAGGUCCAGUGGCUUCCUAAUAUCGGAAGGGAGAGCGUUCCAGACGGCCGCAGAAACACAUCUGAAAGCGCGCAAUGCAGUGGCCGUCUUGAGUUAGUUGAUGAUCACAGCCUGAUCGACAAUGACUGCUCAAUAACCAUCGUAUUCAAUUUGGGUUUGCACUUAAGGUGGCAUCUUUCUGCUCUUUGAUUUCAGUUUGGUUGACUUGCAACACGCAUUCUUUAGCAGGUCACAUACAACGUGUCCCCUUAGAUGGGUUAACAGACCAAUCGAAAUUAUUGGACCACAGUGUUGGUGCCCUGCACACUUGAAUAAGAAUUGUGUCUUUUGUUAGAAAAAAGUUUAUCUCAAAAUGUCUCAUUGACCAACUGAGUAUCCAUUAAACGAGCGUUCGACUCCGCUUAGUGGUUCUAAGCGAGUCAUUUUUCACAUUUCUUUGACAGAGACCAUGUCGUCCAUAGGACAGCUACUGUUGAUAUCCCACCAAGUGGCACAGCCUCACCAGCUGGUACUCAUUAAACUAAUCCCAGUGGGAUGAUGAUGAUGAUAAUGACAAUGUUGAGAACGUUAAGCGGAUACUGCGUGGGAUUUGAAUGCACCAUCGAAAGUUUUGCUGAUUUACAAAACUAAAUAAAUGCGCCAGGAGGUUGGUUACAUAAGACCAUCUUUCUUAAUUGAAACAUGUUCCUUUGCUUCCCAUUUUAAAUGUAAACUUAGAGAAAUGUCCGCCCACUGUGUUUUUGCGUCACCACCCAUUUCAUGGAUGAACAGAGCUCAUAAAUCAUUCACGUUUUUGCUCAGUUCAUCAACCAACGCUUCUAGUUCAUUUGUGUCUCUCUCGCUCAACUCGAGUAACGCAAGUCCUGAGUAUUAGUACAUUGCGUGUUGGUUGUUUGUUUGUUUUAAUGUCCCUGCCUGUUUACGCUUUCCUACUUGAAAUAAUGUAUCGUGUCGUGUGCACCGUGCCCUAGAUGUGAACUCUGUCAUUGUUACUUCAGCGGCUCGGCGUCGAGACCGGCGGUUGAGGGAGACAGUUCUGUCCGCUCCGAUUCAUGUUGGCGCCUACGCUCCGAUCGUCGCGGGGUUAAAAGCUAAACAAAUUCAGCAAAGUGUCGUUGAGUUAUUGAGAAGGGCCCAUCACACAGACUCUCCCGAGAUGCUCUUUCACACAAGGAGGGGGGCCCCUUGCAUUGCGAUAUUUUGUCAAUAUCUGUCCGUCGGAUAUUUGGCAUUGCGGCAUUGAAACCGGAGCACCCCGAGAAAACCCCCACCAUUUUUGAAAACUUGAUGAGCAACAUCGAUGCUCCCCUCCCUGUUUUCACGAACGCACCAGCGGGUCUGUGCAACACAUCUUUAAUGCGCGGCGCUGUUGUCAGCUGUGCACGGUGGUCGCACGUCCAAGCAUCGUGCAGCCUGAACGCUGCCUUAGCUUCCUAGAUCCGACGAGAUCGGGCGCAUUGUGGGCGAUUCGGUCAAAAGGCCAUCGUUCACGUGGCAACAAUCGCCCGCUGGCGAUUUUCUCCGGGGAGAUUCCUCCCGAAUGUGACCGUAGGAGGUGGUGCAAUCUCGGGGAAAAGAAUUCUGUCAGAGAGAACCGAGUCGAGGAGUCCAGCCGAGGCGAACCGAUCCUUCAUCACGGCAUCGCGGAGCGGAUCGAACUGCUGCCUCCCAAGAUUGGUCUCGCCCUUGCCUCUGCAUGCACGUUCCAGUGUCUCCCAUUCGUCGGUUUUGCGUGCUCUGCCUGCACAGUGAUGAAUAAUCGGUGCGCGCGUGCCCGUGAGUGCGUGCGAGCGAGCGCGCGCGUCGUGUGGCAUGCUUUAUUCCUUGAGCACGAGGACCGUUGCGCAACCUGCAAGGCACCGGUGUCUCGCCACGUGCGUGUUGUGUGUGUGUGUGUGCGCGCGUUGUGCACCAAGCGUUCGUUCGUUACGCGUCGCGUGGCUCGCGUCAUGAUUGAUCGCUUUAAUAUGAAAUCUGAAAUCGCCGGAAAGCACGUGUUUGUUAGAGCAUGUCUCCCGCCAGCCCUCCACCACCCCCAGCCCCCAAGUCCCCCGUCGCGCUGCGGGCGCAGCAGCUCAGGAUCGCCCCCCUUGAUUACUGCACUCACCUUGGCGAAAACAAGGUCAGGGCACCUGCGAACGUAAACUACCUGUUUAUGUUGUACCAUUAUCAUCGUCGUCAGCAUCGUUUCCUCUCCCCCAUAAUUUUUUUUUUGCAAACGUGUCUUCUCGCGUUACGUCGGAUCGAUGCGGCGGUGCCCGGUUGUCACGUGACGACGCAGCGCCGUGACCACCGCGGGACGCUUGCGGGUUCGACAGACGUGGCAUGACAGACGUGACAUGACGGACGUCACGUGACAGACGUGACGUGACAGACGUGACGCAUCCGACGAGGCUGCCCCCGCGCGCGGCACCGCAUGCUCGUGGCCACGUGUUUGAUUUGGUUUUGGCCUUCCGGCUGCUCCGUGUUGUUCCCGUGCGUUUGCUUUUCAUCCGUAAAACUCACAAUUUGCUUCCUGUCGAUGCCAGGAACGCGCUCGGACAGCUGUGUAUAUGUAUAUUGACGCAUAUUAUCACAGCAUUCAGGAUGGGCUCUCACUUUGUGGCAAAGGUAGAGUUAAUGUACUGCGACACAGGCGAUUACCCAGACGUGGCUGGCUUAAUUAUUAAUGUAAAACGCAUAUAAAUUGUAGAAAAUUAAGGAGUUGAUCAAUUCAAUUGGGACAAAUCCAUAAUGCAAUGGGGGGGAGGGGGAGUCUGACAACAUUGUUUAAUUUAACUCUUGUGUGACGCUGUGAUGUGGCUCUACCGAUAUGGGGUAGGUGGACUGCAGGAGGAUGGGCACAAAAAGAUUUGCAGGGUCCUUCCAGAGCCAUUCUGCAAUAAUAAGCGUUAUACAUGCAACCUGUGUUAUAUUCUUGCAUCUCAGCAGUACAAACCAAACUAUGUAAAAGACAAAAUCCAGCAUUUCUAUAUGCUCAGCGAGCACCUGUCAAAUUCAACUCGGCACUCCGAGGCUAAUGUGGGCCUGCACCAUGUGCUCCCGGCUGCCUUUGCCUCCCCAGUGACAGCCUUCAUUUGAGGAGGCGCGGGCAAAAUGCAGUCACCGGUUGCUACUUUGUGACGUGCGUGGGCGGCAAUUGAACGCGGGGUUACCAAGAUCGCGGUGCGGAAAGGCAUCCACCACCAACUCCGCUCUUAUAUUUCAGAAUGUUACAACAACAACAACAUAAAACAAUAACGCGAAAUUGCACUCAGCCUGAAGUUGCGUGCGUGCGUGCGUUGCGUGCGUCACGUGUCCCUCGGUGCUUUUCGGGCAUCGCGUGCCACGAAGGGAAGGCGAGGCGAUGUCGCCGUUGAAUAUUGACGGACAGAUCGAUGAUUGUAAUCCCGCGUGCAGUUUGAACAUCCCCCCCCACCCCCCGCCUCCCCCCGUAAAAUAAAAAAAAUAUUGUCAACCUUCUUCCGUAAGCGGCAGGUUGUGCCACGGAUCAAUUAAUAGACGGCUUGAUUAAAAAAAAAAAGUAAUUUUACAAUCAAUUUCCUUCGCAAUCCAUCAAAUGCGGUCCACCGCGGGUUUUGGCGGUCAGAGAGGGCAGCUGCUUCCAUUCCGAUCGGGUUCCUCGCGACCUCGUUCAGUAUCUAUUGGCCCGAUUGGCCGAUAUUGAUGGAAAGUCUCAAGGCUGUGCUGGGUUAGCGCAAUAUUUCGCCCAGCGAUUGAUUUCUGAGACCAAGGGCACGGGGUUCAAAGCUUCGGUGUUCAAAAAGCUGUCAGUCCCCUCCCUCCCUCUCUGCGCAAGCAUGCGCGCGUGUGUGUGUGUGCGCUCCAAUGAACGACGUCGCCCAUGUGCUGCCAAGAGGUCAAUGCUUCUGCUUGGCUUGAAUUCCGAAUGCCAAAAGAGAAUUGAGGCCCCCAUUGGCAGCAUUGCCAGCCGUGAGCUCUCGGUCCUAUCGUAUAAAACCCAGCGUACAUUAAAAAAAAUCUGCGUGGUAUCUAUAAUAGAGGGUUUUUUGGGUUAGAUCGCGUAUAAAAAUAUGAAAGUGUCGUUAAAACCCGCCACCACCCGAAACGGCCAGCUAGUAAGGGUUGUCACGUAAACAGAACAUGCCAAUGCGUGGUAUGCAAGAAGAUUUUGCUGGAUGUAGCCCGUCCCACGCACGCACACGCUCACACCACGCUGUUUGUGGAGGUUAUUUGACAUGCCCGCACACAUCGGUCUACAGUUGUGCUAUGAUUGGUGCGUGGGAAUGAGCAGCAGUGCAGCAGUUAGCGCGCUGCGCUACGGAGCAGACGAGCCGAGUUCGAUUGUCCGCUCACGGCCACCAACACCAGCGACGAUUGUCCGAACACCGCUGCUGGGCCUCCCUUAGGUCGACUCAGUCUUAAAUUGAGUCACUGCUGUGGCGUGCGUGGUGCUGGCCACCCACCCCUUUGUGUUCCGUGCCGGCCUUCGUAGGUGCUCGUUAAUAGUACUCGUCCCAAAAGUCUGUUAAGGUUAAACGGGGAGUGGGGCGGGAGGGAGUGCGGGGGGGGGGUCUUUGUCUUUGAUGCGUAAUAAUCAUUCUUUAAACGCCCUGCCUACCCACAGGCCAUGCCACGUUUCUCUGUUCUCAUCGAGGCCAUCAUUCUGUGACAUGUUCGCGCGCUUUUUUAUGCAAAUUUACACAAAUAUAUUGAAAACGUGAUUGUAUUUAGGGGCCGUCCAUAAAUGACGUCACGCACCUAGGGGGGGGGGGUCAGACAUUUGUGACGAUGUGACGAGGGGGGGGGGGGGUUUGAAGCAAUGUGACGUCACGUAAAAAUGCGCAACUUUAAAUAAAUAUAGACAACACGUUCUACUUACAUAAAUAGACUUUUUAAUAAAUGUUUUCUCCUACAACAUCAGAGUGCAGCGCCACAUUAAAUACGCACUACAAUGACAAUAGUUUAAAGCGAUUUGAAGCAUGUUUUUUUGGGGGGGAGGGAGGGGGCAGAGCUUUGUGACGUCAUAUUUGAGGGGGGGGGGUCUGACUUUUUGUGACGCCGUGUGACGAUGGGGGGGGGGGGGGUCAAAAAUCGUCCAAAAUCGCGUGACGUCAUUUAUGAACGGCCCCUUUGACACUUUCCCCGCUGCGUUGUUAAAGUUUUGCACCCUUACUGAUACAAUAAUAAUAGAAGCGAUAUGCUUUUCGAGAAGGUUGCAAUACGAAGCACGUUGUGAAAAUUUAACGACGUGGAAAUCAUUGUUCUUGUCUCCCCACCCCCCUCCCCCCACCUUGUAAAAUGUAUCCACCUUCGUUUGACUACUCUGGGUGGGAAAAUGGCACUGUUUUGUUGUGGAACGAAGACGUGACACGUGUGUAUGUGACAUUGAUUUUCCCCCAGAGUAAGGGAGAACAGCAGCUGUGAAAUCUCCAAGAGAACGGCGAAGAUUUAUAAUUUAUUGCUGCGUUAUCAAAUAAUGACGUUACUUUUCGAUUUAAUGCUUUCGUGACUGCAGGGAUUCAUCUUCUUGGUUCUUUCGGUAAAGUCACGUAGAAGGGAAAUAAUAAAAUAAUAAAAAUUAAACAUAUUCUUUUAUUAUGUUUUCUUUUUAUUAUUUUAUUAUUUCCCUUCUACGUGACUUUACCGAAAGAACCAAGAAAAUGACGUCACUGUUGUUAUAUAUUUUUUUUAUUUACAACUUUUUUCCCCCCUCUUCUAAACGUUUCCGGGAAUGAUUCCCCAACCCUCACCACUGCUUAAGUUGUUUUUUUGUUUCACGUUUGGGAUGCACGGAGCUCUCCGAUGUGUGUGUAUUAUUUUUUUUUCCCCUGGUUGUACCGCGUGCUGUUCGAGGUUAGUGCCCAGCGUUCAGUUGCUUUCAGUUGUUCAGUUGGCUGAACGCUGGACAGUUCCCUCUGGGAGUGCGUGGAUGCGAGACGCUAGACAUGAUGCCCAAACAAGCUGCGGCACAAUCGAGAAAGAGAGAGAGAGAGCUAUUCUUCUUCUCCGCCUUACAAACCAGUUCACAAUACAUCUGCUGUACAUUUGUGAGCUCUGCGCGGUCCAGCGCUUGAGUGAUUACCAGUCUCACGGGCCAGGCUCGUCUCGUCUCCAGUCGCCAGCCACUCAACUGAUGAUGUGCAAGGAGGGAGAUGGGGAGAUGGCGCUGCCUGUGAGAUUUGAGAGCUGUCUGCCCCUCCUCACUGGCCGAAGGUUAAUAAAUACGUGUCGGCGUGCGAGUGCUCACUUCAUCGCGAAAUGUUGUUGGGUUUCUGUUUGUUAUUGUUGUCGUUUGUUUUUUUUAUGCCGCGGUCAACAUACGGAUGACGACACGUAAAAAUCACUACGGAGAUGCAACAGCAGUUUUGAGAGAAGCGUGCAUUUAUACGACAUACUUGUUAUACUGUAGUUGCAUGCGAUGAAAUGAAACGCGUACGUUGCCGAGUAAACAAAUAAACGAGACAUUACCUAUUGCAUCAAA